AUUUUUGUUGGGGUGGGGCAAAAGUACUUUUUCAAUUUGAAUAAUUCGUUCUUCAAGGCAAUGAUGAUGUAUGUUACGCUCGCUACGGUUUUGCUUGUCUGCAGCAUUGCUGUUUCAGAAAACACAAAGAGUUUGGCUUAUCGCUUUGCAACCAUAUAUAAUGUGCGGGCCGAGGACAUCAAAAACAACAGCAUGUCGGUAAAAAUUUACACCACAAGGAGUGUUGACACGAUUUUCGUGCAGUAUAGCGAAGAUCAGUGGCUCUAUGAACUAAGACGUCAGAUUAAAAUUGGUCAAAAAAGCCGUGCAGGCCCAUAUGUGAUCAAAAUGAUGGAUUUAAAAGCCAGCAGCAAGUAUAACUUCCAGUUUCGAUUAUCUGAACUUGAUGAAUGGUCAAAGGUCUUCACAUAUGUGACACUUCCUAAUGUGCCGCAUGUCAUAUUCAGCGGUCUAAGCAAUGGUGCUCUCAAAAUUGAAUGGGACAGUGCAACUCCAGACGCAAUCGAAAAACACCAACUAUCUUAUAACAAAGUACGUCAAACUGACGGAAAUUGGGUAAAGGACGACUGUGCUGUAACUAUCGAAAUUCCUAAAUGCAGUGGAUCCAGUUUUACGAUCACACCGUUGCAUAAGGACUUUUAUUACGAAAUAUUUUUAAGUGCACACACUUCAGCAGGCUACGGAGAGUAUUACUAUUUUAAAGUACACGCUUGAAGCAUGACUGCUAAGAGUGAAUCAUGAGAACCGAAUGUCAAGAAUUUGGAAGAUGGUCACUGUUUCGAUAAAUUAAUUUAUUUUUAAAAUAAAAAGU